CAAACUCCAUCGCCAACCCUCCGAUGCGUGCGUCCAGUAAUGCCCCGCGCCAACCCCCCCACCCCCGCGCCCGCCCGCCCGCAACCGACCAAUCCAAUCUCAACUGCGAAGAGCACAGCGCGCGCGCCCGGGCUGCCUGUUAGUUAGGCUUGGCUUGGCAGCUUGUUCGCUUCCCACAGCCCCGCGCGCGCACCUCGCCGAGAUAUCAAUGGCGCCGCCGCCUGAAGAUGAGAGCGGCGCAGGUGGAGGCCGCUGCUGCGGCGGCGGCGCGCGGUGGGUGCUGCUGGGCCUGGCGCUGGGGCAGUUCGUCUCGCUGCUCAUCACCUCCACCGGCUUCGCCUCCUCCGAGCUCGCCCGCCGAGGCAUCAACGCGCCGACAUCGCAGUCGCUCCUGAACUACGUCCUCCUCGCCGUCGUCUACGGCGGCGUCCUCCUCUACCGGAGGCAGCCACUCACGAUAAAAUGGUACUACUAUUUGAUACUUGGAAUUAUCGACGUCGAAGCGAAUUACAUCGUUGUGAAGUCAUACCAAUACACAUCUUUGACAAGCGUGAUGCUGCUGGAUUGCUGGUCGAUCCCAUGCGUCAUUGUUCUGACUUGGGUAUUUCUCAAGACCAAGUACGGGCUCAGGAAGUUCCUUGGCGUUGGAGUUUGUGUGGCUGGCCUGAUACUGGUUGUAUUUUCAGACGUCCAUGCCUCUGAUCGAGCUAAAGGACCUAACCCUCUGAAGGGUGAUUUGCUUGUCAUUUUUGGUUCGAUGCUUUAUGCUUGCAGUAAUGUUACCGAGGAGUUUGUGGUCAAGAAAAGCAACAGAGUGGAGUUGAUGGCAAUGCUGGGGCUUUUUGGAGCAAUUGUCAGUGCAAUACAAAUAAGUAUACUCGAGAGAAAAGAACUACAUUCGAUCACAUGGAAUGCUGGUGCAGUGCUCCCUUUUCUUGGAUAUGCGGUAGCAAUGUUCCUGUUCUACUCAACUGUACCAACAGUAUUGAAGAUAUGUGGCGCAACCAUGCUGAACCUCUCGCUCCUGACUUCAGACAUGUGGGCUGUCCUGAUCCGCAUCUUCGCUUACCAUGAGAAGGUCGACUGGAUCUACUUCGUUGCUUUUGCAUGCACGGCAGCUGGCAUCAUCAUAUACUCAUACAAGGGCUCCAUGGAAGUGGAGGAGACGGCGCAGGUCACUGGGGCCAGUGAUGAAAAGGGCAAGGAGGGGGAUGAGGAGGCUGGAGCACACAACCCAGUGUGAAACUUUGCUGGCGGCAAUGGCAGCUUGGUAUAUAGCAAGGAAGUGCCAUACUGCCAUCAGCUCCCAGCACAUCCAGGAGAUUACUAGGUUAGCUCUGAGUUGUAGCAUGCCUUGAAUAGCGAAUGCAUAUGACACUGGCCGAAUAUAUAGGAAGAGCUUGAGAAAGUUUAGGCCUGAGAGCAGGAAAUGUACCAGAAACAAUUUGACGAAGUGUAGCAGCACUUACUUGAGACUUGAUAGAAGUGGUGGAAUUUCUGUAAACAGGAGCAGUUGGUAGCCCACGAACAGUCAACCACCUGAAAUUUAGGCUGAGGUAUUGCUUA